AUGUUAUCAGGGGAAGUGGAUGUUAUCGGGCGGGGUCGAUGUGCACAAAAGACAGAACAACCUUUGAACGUCGCUCUCUGCUUCCGAGUCGUUGUCUUUCUUUUCAUCCUAUUCUCCUUCUUCCCUAUUCUCUCUCCCUCGUCACCCGUCCCUCAUCGCUUCAUCCAUUCUCUUUUUCUUUACCACAUUCUAUCUUUCACCAUUGCUCUUCCUCAAGAUCCGUCUCUCUCUGAUUCUGUCUAUCACUCUUUCUUUCUUUUCUCCCCACUCUCUCUCUCCUUCCAUUCUCUCCUUCUCUCAUUCGCCUCUCUCUGCUUUCGUCUUGCACCCUUUAUUUUCAAUUCUCUUUCUCUUUCCUGUCUUCGUCACCACACCUCUCUUCCAGUUUCUGCGUCUCUCACUGCCAUUCUCUUUCCCAACUCUCUCCCCUCGACCGUCUUUUUCCUCCUCCAUAGUCUCUCUUCGUUUAUGUCUGUCUCUUUUUCUUUUUUUAUCCUACUCUCUCUCCUCCCAUCCUCUCCACCUCUCACUUUCUAUUUUUCUCCCACUCUCUUUAUCUUUACCCCAUUCUCUCUCUUCUGUGUUCGUCACCACAUGUCUCUCUGUCUGUCUGUCUGUCUGUCUGUCUCCAAAUCCACUCCCUCUGCCUCUAUCUAUAUUACUAUCUCUCUCUAUCAGUCUGUAUGCUAUUUUGUCUUUCUCUGCCUCUCCCUCUCUCUCCUCCCCUCUCUCUCUAUAUAUAUGUCUACUUUUGUCACUCACUCUGUCUGUCUAUCACUCUCUAUCUCGCUCCUUUCACUCUUUCUCCCUCUCUCUAUAUCUACCUGUUUCUCACUCUCACUCAUUUACUCACUCAUUCAAUCUCUCUAUAUGUCUGUUUCUCGCAUUCUAUCUCUAUCUCUGUCCUUUCUCUAUCUUUCCCUAUCCCCAUCCCUCUCUCUCCCCCUCUCUCUCUGUUACUAUUUGUCUGUCUCUGUCUCUCUCUCACACUAUAUCUCUCUCCUCACUCUCUGUCUCUCAUUCUCUCUCUGCCUCUCACUCUCUCUCACUCUCUGUUACUCUAUGUGUGUCUGUUUCUCUAUCUCUCUCCUCUCUCUGUCUCUCAUUCUCUCCCUGUCUAUCUCUCACUCUCUCUCUCCUCUUCCCUUUAUCUCCAUCUCUCUUUCUCUGUUACUCUCUCUCUCUCUCUCUGUGUCAGUCUCUAUAUAUUUCUCCUCUCUCUCUCCGCCUCUCAUUCUUUGUUUGUAG